GUACUGUAUGGAAAGUUAUGCAGGUAAAAUAUAAUAAAAGAAACACUUGAUCCACGAACUUAACAUUUCUUUUUUUUUCUUUCUUUUUUUGUUAGUAUAUAUUUGAAGUAAGUAAAUAAAGGAACAAAUGAGUUUAGAUAUGUAUUAACGGUCAACAUGUUUGAUAGAAACGAAAAAAGGCUCGUGUCACUUUUUCAGGAGACACUCUUCCCUCUAAUGAAUCCGCUUUGGUGAUCAGUAAUCAUAAAUCUUGGACUGAUUUUUAUAUGAUUCAUUCUAUGGCCAUUCGAAGAAAUAUGCUUAAUAAUUGCAAGUAUUUUGUCAAGGAUUCUAUCAAAUGGUUACCAUUCUUUGGUUGGGGAAUGUGGCUUGCUGGAUUUAUGUUUGUACGACGCAAUUGGCUCCAAGAUCAAAACAAAAUCAACAAAACAUUUGCAAGAUUUAAAGAAUUACAAACACCUGCUUGGAUCAUCAAUUAUGUCGAAGGAUCUAGAUUUACUCCCGAAAAAUCUCUUCAGUGUCAAGCCUUUGCUAGAGAACGUGGUUAUACACCAACUGAAAAUGUAUUAUUACCAAGGACAAAAGGAUUCACUACUUGUGUCAAUGAAUUCCGUCAUUCUCAUAUCAAGUAUAUUUAUGAUUUCACCAUUGCUUAUAGACAUGCUGUCAAACAAGCCCAAUUCAAUGAAGCUCCUGAUAUGAUUCGAGUUCACGUGGAUACUUUAUCACCAGAAUAUCAAUUCCAUGUACAUGUCAAACGCUAUGCUAUUAAGGAUUUACCAACAGACGAGGAAGGGAUCGCGAAUUGGCUCCGUCAACGAUGGGUGGAAAAGGAUCGCUUUUUGACACAAUUACGGGAUGAAUGGACCGAUGGCUUGGAUAUUGAAGUCAGGGAAGAACGUUGGUAAAAAAAAAAAAAAAAUGGUAAUAUUUUUUUUUUUGUUGUUUUGUAGAUAGACAAUGUAGAUUUAGUAAUACAAACAGUGUUAUUAUAUUAUUGAAUAAAACUACAUCUUUUCUUUUUUUU